CCGAUCUAAGAUCAGGUCCGUGAUAUAAUCCUUUCCGGACUUCCGCUUCCCGCUAAAAACAAGGACCAACUUGGGGCCAGGACCUCGGACCUCCAUCAGCUCGGACAAACCGCACCGGAAACACACAUCCUUCAAAAUAAGAGGGACCGGCUGUUCCGGUAAAUCGCAGGACAAAACUUGGAGGAAGAUGGCGGCGUGGCUGAGCGGUGCCCGUGUUGGAGCGCAGACGAGUCGAGUGUCACGGUCUGGGUCAUGGUUCCACAGGUCCGCCCCCCGUCAGUUUGGUUCUGCUCCCGAGUCCGACUUCUUCCCUCCACAAGAGGGCGUAAUGCUGCCCGCAGGCACCUUCAGCAACAGAGUGGCCUUCAUCACUGGAGGCGGGACUGGCCUGGGCAAGGCCAUGACCACGGUUCUGUCGCAGUUGGGAGCUCAGUGUGUCAUUGCCAGCAGGAAGCUGGAGGUCCUUCAGGAAACCGCCACAGAGAUCCGGAGCCUGACGGGAAAGGAGGUUCACGCGGUCCAGUGUGAUGUCAGAGACCCACAGGCCGUGUCUCACUGUGUGGACCAGAUGGAGGCGCUGACGGGCCUUCCGGAUGUGAUCAUCAACAAUGCAGCAGGGAACUUUGUCUGUCCAACAGAACGCCUGUCUCCUAACGGCUGGAAGAGCAUCACCGACAUCGUCCUGAACGGAACCGCCUUUGUCACUCUGGAGCUCGGAAAGAGGCUGAUCCAGAACCAGAAAGGAGCCUCCUUCUUGGCCAUAACCACAAUUUAUGCAGAGACCGGUUCUGGUUUUGUGGUUCCGAGUGCGUCUGCAAAGGCCGGAGUUGAGGCGCUGUACAAGUCUCUAGCAGCAGAGUGGGGGCGCUAUGGCCACAGAUUCAACAUCAUACAGCCUGGACCAAUCAGAACAAAGGGGGCUUUCAGUCGUCUCGAUCCAACCGGCGCUUUUGAGAAGAACAUGAUGCGCCGCAUCCCAACUGGUCGACUGGGAAGGCCAGCCGAGCUUGCAAACCUCGCAGCUUACCUGAGCAGCGAUUACGCCAACUGGAUGUCUGGAGCAGUGGUCCGGUUUGACGGCGGAGAGCUCGUGUCGAUGGCAGGAGAGUUUAAUGAGCUGCGAAGUGUGACUCCAGAUCAGUGGACGAUGAUGGAAGCCAUGAUCAGAAGCACUAAGGGAUCCUAAAGUCUGACGUUUCUCGUUGUAUACUUGGUUUUCUUGCUGCAUGCCAGCUCUGUGGGAAUGUGUGGGUGGGACCACAAGGUGCUAAAUAAGAACUUUCAACAUUUUCAUUCCUCUGUUGGGAUUUUUUUCUUGCACUAACACGAUGUAUAACUAAAAAGAAUAAAUGAUCAGGAUCCAGUCUUA